AUGCAAAAUUUGCCAAAAACUAUUAAAUCUUGUGGCAACACAUCAAACUUGCUUAGUCACGUAAAAAAUAUCCACAAGGCUGCCUUUUUGGAUAUGAAUAAAGAAUAUUCACAAGUGUUGAGCAAUGUCAACUUACUAAAUAUCCACAGUGAAACAAUUACAAAAACAAAUGAAGCAGACUCUGAACCUGCUGUUCCCAGCCCUGAACCACUGCCAUCAAUAAGUACAGCUGUGUCAAAAUAUAUCCAUGUCGAUAAUCCUGUACCUCCGCCAUUAAAACGGCAAAAGUCGAUUGAUGAAAGUUUCAAAAAUAUAUCUGCUUAUUCGGAAAGCGGCAAUAAAACUUUGCAAGUCAAUAAUGCCCUCAUCUACAUGAUUUGCAAAGAUAAUCAACCUUUCACGAUUGUAGAAAAUGACGGAUUUCGUAAUAUUAUGAAAAUAACUGCACCGCAUUACAAGCUUCCAAGUAAGACAACAUUGACUCGCUGGGUUGAUGACAAAUAUGAUGCAUUAUCAGCUGUGUUUAAAAAUAAAUUAAAAUGUUUAGAAAAUAUAACACUUACAACCGAUAUGUGGACAGAAACAAUGAGUAUGAGAAGCUUUCUUGGAAUUACAGGUCACUUUGGUAUAUGUACCGAAAUUUUUUCUAUUACUCUUGGAGUAUAUCAGUCAUUUGACCCUAACACUUCGAAUCAUAUUGCUGAGAUGCUUCUGAAGUCUUGUUCUGAAUGGGACAUUGACGUUGAUAAAGUUUCGGCUGUAGUAACGGAUAACGCAGCAUCUAUGAUUAAGGCGGUCGAUCUGGCCUUUGGUAAAAAACACAUACCGUGUUUUGCGCACACUUUAAAUUUAGUUGCGUUAAAUGCGAUACAACACUGUCCAGAAUUACAAAAUCUAAUAACUAAGGUCAAGACCAUUGUAACAUGGUUCAAACAAAGUAAUACAGCAAGCAAUGAAUUAAGAAAAGCCACAGAAAAAGAAACAAAGUUAAUUCAAGAAGUUUCAACAAGAUGGAACAGCACUUAUUAUAUGAUUGAGAGAUUUUUAGAGUUACGCAUUGUAAUCCAUGAUAUAAUAUUUCGUCAUAGAACAGCGCCACCUAUGCUCAAUGCAUCAGAACUGUCAGUUCUUUCUUCUGUGUUACUAGUCUUAAGACCGCUCGAAGCUGCUACUAAAGAAAUUUCUGGAGACAGAUACUGCACAAGCAGCAAGGUGAUUCCGUUAGUUCAUUGCUUAGUUUUAAAAAUCCAACCUCUCCAAUUGGAAGACUCACUUGCCAAUGAAUUGAAAUCGUUUGUGCUUAAUGAAAUUGAAAAAAGAAUGGGCGCUAUCGAAAGAGUAACUCCACUCGCCAUAGCAACUGUAUUGGAUCCCAGGUAUAAAAAAAUUCAUUUCAGAGACGCACUUGCUUGCUCUACAGCAGUCGCAAAAAUUAAAGACUUGAUGAAAAAUACUACACAAAAUGUCGAAAUGUCCGAAUCAGAUUCUGAUCAAUCUGAAAAACAAGAAGAGAGUUUUUCCUUAUGGGAUCAUCAUCACAAACUAGUAAGCAAGAGUUGGAAAUCAUCACAAUCAGAUGAUGCAAUUUCUGAUGAAUUAUCGAUCUACUUGCGUAGUCCAGUAUCAGGAAGGCUCAAUGAGAAUCCUUUAGAGAUUUGGCAAGAUCUAAAAAUUCAAUUUCCUAAGCUUUAUAAGAUUGCCUUCAAAUACUUAACUAUUGUCGGAACUUCUGUUCCAUCCGAACGUUUAUUUUCAAAGGCUGCUCAAAUAGUCAAUCAACAAAGAAAUAGAAUGAAAGUAAGUGAACUUGGUAUCAUAUGA